ACUUAUAUUGAUAUAAUUGAAAAUGUUUUUCCAAAUUUUAAUUUUGGAAAAUUUUGGUGGUUAUGGGAUAUGGACGACAAUAAUARUGGCUAUUUGUGUAUUUUAUAUAACMCAUUUCUAUAUGAAUUUACACAAUUAUCCUCCAGGUCCAUUACCAUUACCAAUCAUAGGAAAUGUUUUGAUGUUUCGUAAUUAUAAGAAACACUGGAAUUUAGAGAUAACUAAAUUAAUUAAAAUAUACGGUCCGGUUAUUACCGUAUGGAUCGGUCCGAUACCGUUUAUCUUUAUCGGUGGUGUGGAAGCCAGGGAUACCUUCAAUAAAAGUGAAAUUAGUGGACGACCACCAUCUCAAUUGGGUAGUAUAUUUUGCAAUGAUAAACAUCAGGACAUCAUUUUCAACGAUUACGGCCGGAGUUGGGAAAGCCUACGGAGAAUAUCGCACGCAACUAUUAGGAAAUUUGCGAGAACCGAACAUUUGGAACAUUUAUGCGACCAUUUUGUUAAUAAUACUAUAAAUCUAAUUAAGGAAAGGGAGGGAAUUAAUAAACCGUUUGAUCCGCGUAUCUAUUUAUACAAUUUGUUUGCCAAUAUAAUUGGUGCAACCGUUUUUAGUCAAAAUUUUAAUAUUGAAGACAAUGAGUUAAAAAAAUUUAAAUAUUGUACCACAGAUUUUAACGUUGAAUUGGGAAUCAAUUUAUAUUUAUAUGAGUUUAUAUCUGUACUGCGAUUGUUUAUGAAAAAUCCAUUGAUUAAAUAUCGACAAUAUUUUAAUGAUAUUAUGAAUUAUGCAAAAAAUGUAUAUCAAUCACAUCAUAGCACUUACAAUAAGAGUGUAAAAAGAGAUUUUUGUGAUAUACUUAUCGGUGCUAAACACGAGGCAAUUGAUGACGACAAGCAAACGGCUCCUUAUUUUACGGAUAAUAACUUAUCGACGGCAAUGAUUGAGAUAUUUAUGGCGGGCACUGAGACAUCUGCUACAACCUGUCAAUGGAUGCUAUUAUUUAUGGCAUAUUAUCCGGAAUUACUAGAAAAACUAAGAAAUGAAAUAAUUGAAUUACAAGGAUAUGAAGUACCAGUUAUUGCCGAUAAAACUAAACUCAAUUACACUAUGGCUUAUAUUUACGAAAUGUUAAGAUUUAGAAAUCCCGUUCCUCUCGGAAUUUUCCAUAAAACUAUGGUUAACAUGAAAAUUGACAGUGGUUUUACAAUUCCUGUCAAUACAAAUGUUGUUUUACAUCAAUACUGUAUAUUAAUGGAUGAGAAGAGUUGGUCGGAUCCACACCUUUUCAAACCCGAGCGGUUCCUCAAUAAUGACGGAGUUUUACUCAACACUAAACCCAAUGCAUUCAUACCAUUCAGUUAUGGACGUCGUGUCUGUCCCGGAGAGGAUUUGGCUAUUAAUGAUCUGUUCCUUAUUUUGGUCAGAUUUAUACAAUUGACUAUAGAUUAUGACAUUGUUUUAUGCAAUGAUAAUCCAACUGAUGAUGACUUAGAUCCCAAUCCGGAAACACUUUUGUUACAACUUCCUAAACCAUUUGAAAUUAUGCUAAAAACAAAAACCAUAUAA